GUUUCAACAAUGGGUCUCUUUCUGCUAUUGCAACUCCUUCUAUUACUUCUUCAUAGAAAACCCACAAGGUCUUUGCCUCCAAUUUGGGAAAUUCGACUUGAUUCGAUCUCAAAGGUCACUGGGGAUUUCCUUUUCCGUUUCCCUCACUCUGAUCGGCGGCGGCCGGCGGAGCCAUGUCGGUGAGACGCCUGGACCCGCAAACCGCGGCCGAGAAGGCCGUCUCGGCGAUCGGGCUCGGGUACGACUUGACGAAAGACCUACGUUUGUCGGCCUGCAAGCCGGGUCCGUCCGGGUCGAAACUGAUCCGGCUCGACCCGAACCUGCCGACCCGGGACCUCGUCGUCCCCGGCGGUACGGUCGUCCACAACGUCUGGAGCGGAAUCAAGUGCGAUAAGGGCGAGCGGACCAGGUUCCGCUCCGACGUCGUUUCUUUCAACCAGAUGUCGGAGAAGUUCAAUCAGGAGCUAUCUUUAUCCGGCAAAAUCCCGACGGGGAUGUUCAACGCGAUGUUCGACUUCAAGAGCUGCUGGGCGAAGGACGCCGGCUCGGUCAAGACGCUGUCGUUUGAUGGGUGGUUCAUCACUCUGUACAACGUCGAGCUGGAAAGGUCGCAUUUGUCGCUGUCGGAGAGUGUCAAAGCUGAAGUUCCCAAUUCCUGGGAUCCGGCAGCUCUUGCCGAGUUUAUUGAGAAAUACGGGACCCAUAUCGUGGUUGGGGUGAAAAUGGGUGGGAAAGACGCCAUCCAUUUGAAACAGCUGAAAAGAUCGAAUCUUGAUCCCACUGAAGUCCAGAAGUUGCUGAAGCAGCUAGCUGAUGACAGAUAUUCUCAGGAUUCUUCUGAAGCGUCUUCUGCUAAACCAAAGGCCGCACAACCUAUGCCAUUGGGAAUGCAUCUGCUGUAUGCUGCUAAUUCAGUUAGGCCGCCUGUAAUCACUUCCUUAAAGAGCGAGGAUCUCGUAAGUGUUGCAAUAAGAAGGGGAGGAAUGGACAUUGGACAGAGCCAUAACGAGUGGCUGUCAACGAUAGUUGAGUCGCCCAAUGUCAUUUCCAUGUCACUUGUUCCCAUCACUUCCCUGUUGAGUGGCGUCCGUGGCAAUGGAUUCUUGACUCAUGCUGUCAAUCUCUACCUACGAUAUAAACCACCCAUAGAGGAACUUCAGCAGUUCUUGGAGUUUCAGUUGCCUCGUCAAUGGGCGCCAGUUUAUGGUGAUCUGCCGCUUACUCUCCGGCGGAGAAAACAUGCUUCACCUUCUCUUCGGUUCAGCUUCAUGGGCCCUAAACUGUAUGUAAACACUGCAACGGUUGAUUCAGGAAACCGGCCAGUGACAGGAAUCCGGCUAUACUUAGAAGGUAAAAGAGCUGACCACUUAGGUAUUCAUCUACAGCACCUCUCAUCCCUACCCGACACUCUCCAACUCUUCGACGACCACAGCCACGACCCCUCAGAUGAGCCCGAGAGAGGCUACUUGGAGGCUGUGAAUUGGAGCAUAUUCUCCCACGUCUGCACUGCACCGGUGCAGUAUAAUGGAGCUCGAAUCGAUGACUCCGCAUCCAUCGUGACCAAGGCUUGGUUCGAGGUCAAGAUGGUUGGGAUCAAGAAAGUUCUGUACUUGAGGCUCGGGUUCUCAAUGGUGGCGAAUGCUAGGAUUCGAAGGUCGGAAUGGGACGGGCCUUCUACCAUGUCAAGGAAAUCAGGGAUCUUCUCGUCGCUGCUGAUCAGUUCCAGGUUUAGUACGGCUUUGAUGAACCCGAAUGAAGAACUGCCUGUGAAGGUGGAUCUGAACUCUGCUGUGUUUCCAGGGGGGCCUCCAAUGCCAAUGAAGGCGCCAAAAAUGUCGAAUUUUGUGGAUACUAAGGAGAUGAUGAGAGGGCCAGAAGACCCUCCUGGGUAUUGGGUUAUGACUGGUGCGAAGUUGUGUGUUGAGGAGGGCAAAAUUUCGAUCAAGGGGAAGUACUCGUUGCUGGCUGUUAUGUCGGAAGAGUCUAUGAUGCUGAUAUGAGAAACAGAAAAAAAACUCCAGUAGAAAACAACUGCACAGAAUCUAUGUAGAGUUAAUUUUUUUGGUUUCUAAUUGUAAAAGACUACAUUUGUUAGUUGUUACAUGUGCUACAACAGUAUUAUACAUAGCAGAAAAUGCAGAGAGCAACCUUUUACCAGUAAUCUCCACAAGAACACAAACCAUCUCUGAAGUGAUGGAACCUGUUGAUAUCUCUGACGAUGAUUUCCCUCGAAGCAAUCUUCGAAACCAACUUGAUUGCAGUAUGGCAGUCCAAGCAAAUCCGUAAGUUCUUCUUCACCCUAAUGGGAGCUCCAGGAGGGGUAGCAAUCAGUCCAAAAGCCACUGCAAGUUUCUCGCUGUGGUGGUACAACAGCUUAGCCUUUUCCCUUUCUUCAACAUCAUGAAGAUCAGUUUCCACCAUGGGAACAUAGCCUGCUUUUCUCAAAGGCUCACUGAGCUCCUCGAGCUUAGCAUAUAUUUCUUUGCCUCUAGGAUGGCUUCUAUCACCAACUAUAAAGGUGUGGACUUUGUCCUUUAUCUCCAUCCAACUCAUUCCAGGCUCCUUCUUCACGUUACUGUCUUUCAUAACUUUCCUUAUCUUUGCUACCCCAUCCCACAUCCCAGCUGAUGCAUAAAUAUUUGCAAGAAGAAUGUGGGUACCCGAUUUUUCUGGUUCCAGAUUGAUAAGCAUUUCAGCAGCUUUACUCCCGAGGUCGACAUUCUUAUGUAUCCUAGCAGCACCAAGAAGUGCACCCCAUACUGCAGCAUUAGCUUCGUAAGGCAUUGUGUUUACAAGCUCCAUUGCCUCAUCAAGCUUCCCAGCUCGGCCGAGAAUAUCGAUCAUACAUGCAUAGUGCUCUUCCAUAGGUUGAACAGAAAAUAGCUCCUCCAUUGAUGAGAAAUAUCUCUUGGCAUCAGUUACCAAGCCUGCAUGGUUGCAAGCACAAAGGACACUUACUAGAGUUAUGUGAUUAGGAGCAACACCCUCUUUCAGCAUUUCAUUGAACAUUUGGAGGGCCAGUCUCCCGUGCCCAUGUUGAGCCAUUCCUCCUAUCAUUGCAGACCAUGAGACUAUACUUCUUUCUGGUAUUUCACGGAAGGCACGUUCUGCAUCAUCUAUGCUCCCACAUUUGGCAUAACUAUUGACAAGAGAAUUCCCAGCAAAGAUAUCGAUUAUAAACCCUAGCUUCAGUACUUGGACGUGAACUUGUUUUGCUUGUUCAUACGCAGACAAACUAGCACAGGCGUUGAAGAGAGAGCUGUAAACAAAUGCAUCUGGCUUGAUACCUUGACUCUGCAUUUCCAAAUAUAGCUUAAGAGCUUCUUCACCUUGCCCAUCUUGAGAAUAAACAGUUAUCAUAGAAGUGAAAGCCAACAAAUCUGAAGUUUGACUUUCCUUAAAUACCCUUGAUGCAUCUUCUGACUGUCCACAUUUUCCAUAAGCAUCAACAAGGCCGUUUACUAUAUAAUUGUUAUAUUCAAAGCCUGAUUUCAGAGAAAGUGCAUGCAUUUGCCUGCAAAUGUGGCUAGCCUGCAAGCUAGCUAUGGAUUUGAGAACUGUUGAUAGAGUUGUCUGGUUGACUCCUACUCCUUCCCCGUACAUCAGAGGGAAAAGAGAAACAGCUUCAACAUCUUCUCCAUUAUGUGAAUGUCCAGAGAUAACAGCAUUCCAAGCAAUCAAGUCUUUUUCAGGAAUUACGUUAAAAACUAACCUUGCAUCAACCAUGUAGCCACUCUUUGCAUAUAAAUCCACUAGCCCAACCCCCAAAAAGGUAUCUAGUCCCAAAUCCCUCCUGAUCAAGUAAGCGUGCAAUUGUCUUCCCGGUUCUCUAUUUCCAGCUCCAGCGCAAGCUUUGAGAGCGCUAGACAAAGUAAAUGUAUUUGGUGAGACACCAGACUCUUUGUUCAUCUCCCUGAACAACUCCAACGCACAAUCGUGCGACUCAAGAAGCACACAACCAGCAAUAACAGCAUUCCAUGAAACAAUGUCAGCUUUUGCUAUUCCAUUGAAGACACUGACAGAAUCUUUUAGAGUUCCUACUUUUGCAUACAUGUCAACCAGAGCAUUUGCAGAGAAUAAAUCCAAGUCAUAACCAAGCUUUAUCAAGUACCCGUGAAUUUUCCUUCCCUGCCUACCAUCCUCCAAGCCAGUGCAGGCGUUUAUCAUAGUCGACAAUGUGAACUCGUUAGGCUGUGUUUGGCUCACAAUCAUGUCCUGAAACAGCUCCACCGCCUCCCCAAACGAAUCACGCUGCACGUAGCAGUUGAGCAAAGCAUUCCAGGAGACAACAGUCCUGCGUGGGAUUGCAUCAAAGAUCCUCGUCGAGUCCGCAAUCUCCCCACAUUUUGCAUAAAGAACGACCAUACUGUUCAAAACGAACUCGUCAUUCUCGAACCCUGUGACCACCACCGUCCCAUGGACCUGCUUCCCUAGCCUGAAAUCAUUGGUGAGAGUACAAGCCUUGAACACACUAGGGAAAGCGAACUCGUUACACUUAACCCCCAGCGAAUGCAUCUCGCGGAAAGCCGAGAUCGCCUCCUGGCCCAACCCAUUCUGCGAAUACCCUGAAAUCAGGGCCGACCAGGAUAUCAAGUCUGGUUCAGGACUUUCGUCGAGCAGCUUGCGUGCGUAGCCGAAGCACCUGCACUUCGAGUAGACAUUAACCACGAGGUUUCUUAGCCUUGCGUCUUGAUGGAGGCCGAGUAUGAUCAAAUGGGCGUGCACUUCCAUGGCUGGAGCCAAGGAUUUUGAAGCAGUGCAUAGCGAGAGAAGGCGGGAGCAGCGGUCGGAGAUGGACGAGAGAGAGAGUCCAGCAGGGUUCCAAUUGGAACUUGUUGGGGAAGAUGUGAAUUGCUGAGGGUAAUGGCUGAUCGCAGUGGCUGUCUGCGAAAAGUUUAGAACUUUGAGGAAGGAGAGGAAGGGAAUAGUGUCAUUAAAGGGAUUAGAAGCACGGGAAGAACGCCGGUUAAGUGAUUUCCGUCGGAGGGAACGGAGGAGGCAGAAGUUCA